AGAACUGAGCUGACUUCUACCAGGGUUCCCUAGGAGCUUGCACUGAGGAUCCAGAUCCAAAACCCACCCUCUGGCCGCUGCCCUCGGAAAGGGGGCGGGUGGGGGCGCGAGCCUUAUCUCGGGCUCCGCCUCCAGGGGCCGGGAGUGUCCCUCGCGCGCUGCACCGGCCGCUGCGGGCAGACAGGCUCCGGGCUCCGGGAGGGCUGCUGAUCCGCUCUAGCCCAGGUCGUGUCCGGGCCGCGACCAUUCACUCCCGGGACACCACGGGCCCACGCGGAGCGCGCAGCGGCUGCGACGGCACCCCUGACCAGGGACGCGCGCCAGGAAUCCUAAAACCAAAACAUUGGAACAAAAACAGAAACAUGGCUCACCAUAUUACAUUUCUUUGGAUAAUUUUGGUCCUGCUUCUUCAGAAUUCUGUAUUAGCUGAAGAUGGGGAAAUAAGAUCAAGUUGUCGUACUGCUCCAACAGAUUUAGUUUUCAUCUUGGAUGGCUCUUACAGUGUGGGCCCAGAAAACUUUGAAAUAGUGAAAAAGUGGCUUGUCAAUAUCACAAAAAACUUUGACAUAGGACCGAAGUUUAUUCAGGUUGGAGUGGUUCAGUAUAGUGACUACCCCAUCCUGGAGAUUCCCCUUGGGAGCCAUGAAUCAGGAGAGAAUUUGAUGGCAGCCGUGGAGUCCAUACACUACUUGGGAGGAAACACAAAGACUGGAAAGGCCAUCCAGUUUGCCCUUGAUUACCUUUUUGCCAAGUCUUCACGAUUGCUGACUAAGAUAGCAGUAGUCCUUACAGAUGGUAAAUCCCAAGAUGAAGUCAAGGAUGUGGCAGAAGCAGCAAGAGACAGUAAAAUAACAUUAUUUGCCAUCGGUGUUGGUUCAGAAACAGAAGAGGCAGAACUUAGAGCUAUUGCCAACAAGCCUUCAUCUACUUAUGUGUUUUAUGUGGAAGACUAUAUUGCAAUAUCCAAAAUAAGGGAGGUGAUGAAGCAGAAACUUUGUGAAGAAUCUGUCUGUCCAACACGAAUUCCAGUGGCAGCUCGUGAUGAGAAGGGGUUUGAUAUUCUUUUAGGCUUGGGUGUAAAGAAAAAGGCUAAGAAAAGAAUUCAGCUUUCACCAACAAAGAUAAAAGGAUAUGAAGUGACAUCAAAAGUUGAUUUAUCAGAACUCACAAGCAACGUUUUCCCAGAAGGUCUUCCUCCAUCAUAUGUAUUUGUCUCCACUCAGAGAUUUAAGGUCAAGAAAGUGUGGGAUUUAUGGAGAAUUUUAACCAUUGAUGGAAGGCCACAAAUAGCAGUUACCUUAAAUGGAGUGGAUAAAACUUUAUUAUUUACAACAACCAGCAUCAUUAAUGGCUCACAACUGGUCAACUUUGCUGACCCUCGAGUUAAGACAUUAUUUGACGAAGGCUGGCAUCAAAUUCGUCUCUUAGUAACCGAACAAGAUGUAACUCUGUAUAUUGAUGAUCAACAAAUUGAAAGCAAGCCCUUACAUCCAGUUUUAGGGAUGUUCAUCAGUGGGCAAACCCAAAUUGGAAAAUACUCUGGGAAAGAAGAAACCGUUCAGUUUGAUGUCCAGAAGUUACGAAUCUACUGUGACCCAGAGCAGAACAACCGGGAGACAGCAUGUGAGAUUCCUGGAUUUAACGGUGAGUGCCUCAAUGGUCCCAGUGAUGUAGGUUCAACGGCAGCUCCCUGUAUUUGUCCUCCAGGAAAACCAGGACUACAAGGCCCCAAAGGUGACCCUGGACAGCCUGGGAACCCUGGAUACCCUGGACAACCUGGUCAAGAUGGUAAGCCUGGAUAUCAGGGAAUGGCAGGAUCACCAGGUGUUCCAGGAUCCCCAGGAGUACAAGGAGCACGAGGACUGCCAGGUUAUAAAGGAGAAUUGGGGAGAGAUGGAGAAAAGGGUGACCGUGGACUUCCUGGUUUUCCUGGGCUUCAUGGAAUGCCAGGAUCAAAGGGUGAAAUGGGUCCCAAAGGAGAUAAAGGAUCACCUGGAUUUUAUGGCAAAAAGGGUGCAAAAGGUGAAAAGGGGAAUGAUGGUUUUCCUGGCCUUCCUGGACGUGCUGGAGAACCAGGAAGACAUGGAAAGGAUGGAUUAAUGGGUAGCCCUGGUUACAAGGGAGAAGCAGGACCUCCAGGUGCUCCAGGGCAGGAUGGAUCACGGGGUGAGCCUGGAAUCCCAGGAUUUCCUGGAAACCAAGGAUUAAUGGGACAAAAAGGAGAAAUUGGGCCUCCAGGACCACUAGGAAAAAAAGGAGCUCCGGGGAUACCUGGUUUGAUGGGAAGCGACGGCUCACCAGGUCAGCCUGGAGCCCCAGGAUCUAAGGGAAAUAAAGGAGAACCUGGACUUCAAGGGCUGCCUGGGGCUUCUGGGCUCAAGGGAGAACCCGGAGCAGUGGGUCCGCCAGGAGAACCAGGAUACCUGGGUUUACCUGGAAUUCAAGGGAAAAAGGGGGACAAAGGCAAUCAAGGCGAAAAGGGCAUUCAGGGUCAAAAGGGAGAGAAUGGAAGACCAGGGAUUCCAGGGCCACAGGGAAUUCAAAGGCCAUCAUGGUACAAAAGGGAGAGGUAUGUUUCUUCAUGUAUUAUGCUGUCUGUUUCAGUCCUCAUGAGAGGUGAAAAGGGAGAGCCUGGUGCCAGAGGUGCCACUGGACCCAAAGGAGAGUCUGGAGUGGAUGGUCUGAUGGGGCCUACGGGUCCCCAGGGGCAACCCGGGGAAGCAGGUCCUCAGGGACCCCCAGGACUGGAUGGGAAGCCCGGGAGAGAAUUUUCAGAACAGUUUAUUCGACAAGUUUGCACUGAUGUAUUAAGAGCCCAGCUACCUGUCUUACUUCAAAGUGGAAGAAUUCAGAGUUGUGAUCACUAGUCCAGCACGGCUCCCCCUGGUAUUCCUGGGCCACCUGGUCCCAUGGGCCCAGAAGGUCCUCGAGGAUUCCCUGGUUUGCCAGGAAGAGAUGGUGUUCCUGGAUUAAUGGGAGCUCCGGGACGCCCAGGUGCCAAAGGAUUAAAAGGCCUACCAGGACGAAAUGGGGCAAAGGGGAGCCAAGGGUUUGGGUACCCUGGAGCACAAGGUCCUCCUGGUCCCCCAGGUCCAGAGGGUCCCCCUGGAAUAAGCAAAGAAGGUCCUCCAGGAGACCCAGGUCUCCCCGGCAAAGACGGAGACCACGGAAAACCUGGAAUCCAAGGGCAGCCAGGACCCCCGGGCAUCUGUGAUCCAUCACUGUGUUUUAGUGUCAUUGUCAGAAGAGAUCCCUUUAGAAAAGGACCAAACUAUUAGUGUCUGAUGCCUCAUUCAGCAGCCUAGGCAUGGUGCUCUUCUUUUGUGGUCUUUGCAUCUCAGGAAGAUAACAACAAUAAUCCCUUGAAAAGAAACUCAUGUACCUCGGUGUUUUUAUUAUUGUUUUUUUCCUUAAGGAAAAAUAUAGAAAAGGUCACAUAUACUGAUUUUAAAGGCUCCUCAGUUCUUCAGAGCCUUUAGAUUAGUAGCAUUAACUAAAUCUCAAGGGUUUCUUGUAAGUCCAUUCAUUUUAAUCAAAGUCAAAUAUAAAAAACCACCAUUGCCUGUCAGCCAGUCAAUUUCAGUCACUGUGAAAAAUUUCACAUUCAGCCUCCAUGCAGCAGAGUAUUUGAGUUCAACUUCCUGUCUGUGUGAAUUUCAUGUUUCAUAGCUCAUAGCUCACACUUCUACAUCAGUCCACACGUGCAUCUGGACAUGGGAGAUGAGAUCAGGGCUGAUACACAGUUUGGGAACAGACCGUAUUGCCAUAUCAGCACUUACUCCAGUAUCUGUGCUUACCAGAUAGGGGUGAUGGACUGUUGGUUGUUCAGUGUUUUGAAUAUCACCUCUGAACAUUCUGGAAAAAAAGUUUCACUGGACCUGGUCGAUAUGUUCAAAGGAAUUGUAAGUUCAGAAAUACCAAAAAGACUUUCUUCUUCAUACUUGCUUAGUAAUUGGAAUGUUUGUUGCAUGCCUUCAUUUUCCAUUUCAGUUAUUACAUGUGUACAUUCAUAUAUGUUAACUUUUAUUGUAGCAAAGCUAGUGGGAAUCAAUGCUCUAGUUGACAGGAAAGGUAACUCCACAAAUCCUAGGAUGUCUUGAUAUUUUUAGCAGACUUUAAGAUAUUAUAAACAGUCUUUGUGUACUGUACUUAAUGCUUUUGUAAGGAACAUAAUUUGAGAUAUUCCAUCCUUUAUCAUGCUCUAAAUUUUGUUACUUUGCUUAUUAUUCAAAGUACAAUAAAGUUUUGUACA